GGCUGGCUAUCCAUACAUGCCGCGCCCUCUCACUCCCUAUCCUGAAACUCGCAGCAGAUAAAGCGCACCCGCAUCCCUCCGGAGCCCCGAUCGCCUUCUCCUUCCCUCCCUCAUGGCUCUGUCCGCCGGCUCCUUCGCGGCAUGCAGCCUCCAGCCAAGCAGAGCGAGGAUCCGAGCGUGCCACGCCCCGAGGCCGCCGCCGCUGCAGGGUGCCGCCGCGGCAUCGUUCGCAAGGACGGGGCGCCGGGCAAACGCGACGAAGGGCGUGUCCGCCGUGUGCGAGCCGCUGGGGCCCGACCGGCCCAUCUGGUUCCCCGGCAGCUCACCUCCCCCGUGGCUCGACGGCAGCCUUCCUGGAGACUUUGGAUUUGAUCCUCUUGGGUUAGGGUCGGACCCGGAGCUGUUGCGGUGGUUCGCGCAGGCGGAGCUGAUGCACGGGCGGUGGGCGAUGCUGGCGGCGGCUGGCAUCCUCAUCCCGGACCUCCUGGCGCGGUGGGGCUUCAUCGACGGCGGCUUCUCCUGGUUCGAUGCCGGGUCCCGCGAGUACUUCGCCGACCCCUGGACGCUCUUCGUCGCGCAGAUGGCGCUCAUGGGGUGGGCGGAGGGCCGGCGGUGGGCGGACUACCUCAACCCCGGGUGCGUCGACAUCGAGCCGCGGUUCCCCAACCGCAAGAACCCGACGCCCGACGUGGGGUACCCGGGCGGGCUGUGGUUCGACUGGGGCAACUGGGGCCGCGGGUCGCCGGAGCCCGUGAUGGUGCUUCGCACCAAGGAGAUCAAGAACGGCCGCCUCGCCAUGCUCGCCUUCGUCGGGUUCUGGUUCCAGGCCGUCUACACCGGCCAGGGCCCCAUCGAUAACCUCCUCGCGCACCUCGCCGACCCCGGACACUGUAACAUCUUCUCGGCAUUCACGUCCCACUGAAAACGUUACUGCAGACAGAGAAAGCAGUAGUCAAUAUUUUGUACUUGGUAAUUUCUAUGAUGAAAUCAUGAGAUGCUAUCAUGCUAGGCAAAAUUUGGUAUUCGUUGUUUCUUCCAUUUUUACUCA